CCUCCUCCACCACGCCAAACGAAAGGACCCAACUGCCAGUCAUCAACAACUACCCAUAAACUGCUACUGAACUGCUAUGUUGUUCGGAAUCCACUCUUGCUUCACCAUCCUUGCAUCCAUAGCCCCCCAAUCUAGUCGCGGACUAGCAAUCUUGUUACUCUGAACUACUAUGAAAUGUUAAAUGCUGCCAUCGAGGCCCACGACCGCCAGCCAGUCUGAAGCAUCCCGGCAUCCCAGUAUCCCAAGCAUCCACCCCUGGUCCUUGUCCUACUGCUGGCAGUAAACCGUAUGCGUCCAAACACCCUGCCCUACCACCUCACCUCAUCUCAAACUCCUUUGGUCGAUUUGUACACUGGCACUGGCGAGACCGGCGAUCCUGCGUUCUCAUAUUGCUCAUUGCUCGCACCGGCCGCGAGGCAAUUCAGCCAUUCCAUCUCGGAUCUCGAAGCAUUCGCAGACCAGACCAGGCGCCCUACAUAGACCCAGCCUAUACCUCCUCCUGGCGCACGCGAUAAGGCGCAGCACUCCCGCCCUUCAAGUUCGACUUGAAGCAUCCCCAGGUCGCCCUGAGUCAAUCUCGCUCUUCGACCCUUUGCGCCGUUCUUAGAUGCGCGCUGUCUGAAUUGACACUGUACCGUCCGACCAUACAAAGGCCUCAUGUCGUUGAUUUGACCCCGUUCUCUCUCGAACCUGCAGCCUGAGACGCCGUCUCCGCCGCAAAUGUUUCGCAAUCGGCGGACUUCUCACAAACCCGAUGAAGCGUUGUACGCGGCCUUCAAGGAGUCUUUUCCCGAAGUCGGGCCUGGAUCGACAUCCUCAGCCGCCCCAGGGGACGAUGAGCCUGCUCGCAGAUCAUCUGUGCUAAGCGAGGCUAUUGUGGAUGAGCCCACGACGGCUCAACGCGCAUUCGACAGCCAGCCGGCGGAGGUCAAAGAACAACAGGAUGCGACCCCCAAACCAUUCAACGACUCUUGGAGAUUUACUCCUUCACUCAUGGAUCCCAACUCUUUUGCCUUUUCCGCUUUCGCGAACCAGCCUCCUGGCUAUUUGUACACGCCGACCCCAGGAGGUUUUGGCACUCUAUACCAUCCUCAGGCGGGCGACCUCCACACUCCCGGAAUGGGCAUGAACACACCCUUGUCACUACCACAUUCAGUCCAUGGGCUGCACGCGCACGAUCCAUUAGUGAACCUCCAACAUUUCAACCCGCAUAUGCUACACCAACCGCAUCCCUUCCAAGAUGCCUUCCAAGCCUCGCAGCCCCAGAUCCCUCUGGUUCCGCAGCAGCCGCAGACGUUCGCGCCGCAGCAGUUUCUUCAGCACCAGGAUUCGGGCUAUGUCGCGAUGGACGACAGUCCGCACAAGACGACCCCCAAUCAGGCCGACCUAGGACAUGAACAGGCUACAGUCAACCAGGCCAUUGCACAGCUGAUGUCCGGAUCGGUUGGUGUCGCAGAACUACCUCCUGGGGAAAAGUUGAGAUUUCAUACCACCCUGAAUGCGCCAACGGCGAUGGUUAGGCAUGCCGACGAAAUUCCCAUCACCUAUCUCAACAAGGGACAGGCUUACACUAUGUCAAUUUGGGACACAGCCCCUCCACUGCCGCAUGACGGCGUUCUUCAGUACCGCACUUACGUCCGUGUCUCCUUCGAGGAUGAGCAACAGCGCGCCCGACCCGGAGCAUGCUGGCAACUUUGGAAAGAGGGACGCGGCUCGAACGAGGCCCAUCAGCGAGGUGGAAAACUCCUAGCUGUGGAAUACGUUGACCCCAACCAAGGGGGAGACGACGAAAUGCGCAAGCCUCUCGUGCAGCUGGAGAAAGCUUCUUUUGACGGGUUUGCCGUGACCUGGGUCCCUAAUUCUGUCAACGGAGGACCUCAUUGCUCGAUCUCUAUUCGCUUCAACUUUUUGUCUACCGAUUUUAGUCACUCCAAGGGUGUCAAAGGGAUCCCCGUCCGACUAUGCGCCAAAACUGUACUUGUUACGCCACAGUCUGGCACCAGCAAUGAGCCUGAAGUCUGUUACUCGAAAGUCAAACUGUUCCGAGACCAUGGUGCCGAGAGAAAACUCUCCAACGAUGUGGCACACGUCAAGAAAACGAUCGAGAAGCUCAAACAGCAAAUUGCCCAAGCGGAGGCCGGCCUCGGGCACGCGGGCAGGAGAAGAAGGAGUGGAUCGAUGGCAAAAGCUGGGACAUCUCGGCCCGGAAAAGUGGUCAAGCACAAGCGCACUUUCUCGGUGGAUUCAGAAGCCGAUGGCGGAAAGUUCUCUGCAGAGGAAGACCUACAAAUGAAGCUGGUGACUAUGCAAGAUAUGUUCUCGUCCACCAGGGCGGUCAGUGUGCUGUUCCUGCGCGGGGAUCCCGAGGAUGAUCCUGACUUGUAUCCUGUCAAACUGCCCGGGGAUGAUCCUGACAUGAAGGAGAUUGUGCGCACCAGCACCUGGGAGUCAAGACAAAGCGUGUCUGACUCACCUACAUCCAACGCCGGUUCUCCGAGUUCGAGUUCUGCACAAAACUCACCUAAGAGGCGGCACUCGGAAAUGCAGCCUCCAGCCAUUCAGGAGGAGGUUGAGAGCGACCACGACAAGGAGAAGAAGGAAAUUCUGGGCCACCCAGUCAAGAUUCCAACCACUGAGGCUGGCCCAGUAUUCAAGACCGAUCUUUUUGCUGUCGAUGUUGACAGCAAUUAUCGGCCCCCUGUUGAGAGACCCAUUCGACCAGUUGCUUGUUUCUACGUGCGGCAGAAGGAUUCGCUGAAAGAAUACUACCGCGCAGUCUACUUGAUGCAACGGACCGUCAAAGACUUGAUCAACGGCAUCUCGGCCAAGUUCCAGGUCGACCCACACCGCGUCAGUCAAGUUACGCAUAUCAAUUCUCGCGGACUGCAUAUUGUCGUCGACGAGGAUGUUGUGCGGGAACUGCCUGAAGGCCAGGAUAUGAUCGUUGAAUUUUCCCCUCUGCGAUCGGACCAACAGAUCAAGAAAGAGUCGAUUGGGUCCGCCGCGACAGAGGUGAUGGUGGAUGGUGAACCUGCACCAGCAGGAACCACAACCUCAGAUCCUCUGGAGAUGUGGCUGAAUUACUGAUGAUCGACUUUUUGAGCACCAUGAUACGACCCUGAAAUUGCAUGAGAUACCCCCGGUUUUUGUCAACUUGAUAUUUAAUUUCCUUGCGAACACGUCUAAUACAGAGAGAGGCGACUUGAGAAGCGAGGUUCGGCACGACCAAGAAGACGGAGGCCGGCAAUAACUAUUUGAUACCUCCUGGUGGCGCCGAGGCCAGAUUCCAUAUCGGCUCCUUUCCCGCCGUUUGUCGACGUGUGCUCACGAGCGGCUCCAAGAAGGGCGGAUGGGCUUCACUCCCUUUCACCAAUUUUGCAACGAUUUUUCUUUUUCUGGUCCCACUACAACACAUGCGGCAUUGCGUGAUGGGAUGAUAUACGGGUCCCUGUACGAGUCCGACCAUAUUUCUUUUCCUCUUUUGACGAGAUACAUGACCAUUCGAGAUACCCACUUGUCAGGACGGCUGUUUCUUAAAUAUCUGGCGGGAUGAUACCCAAAUAAACGGCUUUCGUCGUGGGAAUGCCACAACUUCCAAUGUAUCGACUAAAUUUCAUUUCCCUACAUACAUCCCAUUUUCUUCAGUUCUCUGGGGACGAAUUGUCCUGAGGGACACUGCGGCACGUUCGAGGUGGGUCGGGACAUGUCGCGAGAUGUGAACCCGGGGUGGCGAGUUGUUGGCGGGAGCCUGCAAACAAGGGAUGCAGUAGGCGGCCAUCGAGUUAGCUGACUUACAAACGACCUGGUUGAAGGGAGCCUGUGUUUGGUUGAUGUUCGAGAGCACGACAGCCAGCUAGGCGCGGCAGUUACCGGGUUUUCAGCAACGGUUGCUGGUGGAUUUGACUAUCAGGAAGUGCGUGCAUCGGACCAAUGAAGACAUUUACAAUGCGAGGAAGCAGAACUUCCUUUUUCAUUUCAUACUAGUACUAUCUGGUGCAUGUCCCUCCGGGGAAGUGGCACCACUGCCGUGGUAAAGUCCAACACGGUCCAUUGCAUACGAAUUCAAAUUCAUGGACUCAGCCA